AUGCGUUUAAAUUCCUCAAUUGAUGUAGCAAGAUUUCUCUUGAUAUCGGGAUUUUCAUUUUGUGGACAUGAUGAAAGUGAAGGUUCUGAAUAUAAGGAUGCUUUUCUUGAACUUUUGAAAUGGUAUGGGGAUAGAAGUUUUGAUGUGGGAAGAGUAAUAUUAGGUAAUGCUCCACAAAAUGAUAUGAUGAUUUGUCCGACAAUUCAAAAAGAUAUUGUGGAGGCUUGUGCUAAAGAAACAACUAAGGCUAUCAUUAAAGAAUUGGACGGUGAUUAUUUUGGAAUAUUAGUUGAUCAAUCAAAGGAUGUCUCUCAUAAGGAACAAAUAGCUCUAAUUUUGAGAUAUGUCAACAAAAGUGGAAUGGUGAUAGAGCGAUUCUUGGGUAUUGUCCACGUUUAUGAUGGGGCUAGUAAUAUGCAAGGGGAAAUAAAUGGUCUCAAGUCUUUGAUUUUACAAGAUACGUCAUCUGCAUAUUCAAUUCACUGUUUUGCUCACCAAUUGCAAUUGGCACUUGUUGGUCUUUUCAAAAAGAAUUUGGAUGUGGAUAAUUUUUUUUAUGUUCUCACUAAUAUUUUGAAUACUAUUGGAGCUUCAUUUAAAUGCAGAGAUUCACUUCGACAACAUCUAGAAGAUAAGUUGGAAGAGUUGCUUAAAUUUGGAGAAGUUCAUACAUGGCAAGGUGUUGCCAUUGACGAAUGA